AUGUCAGCAAAAGCUCCACCGGUUUCGCUCGAUCAAACAACUGGCGACACUAACGGAGAGGAGGACAAGCGUGUGAAAGUUCAAGACAAUCUCAAAUACCAAAAAACCGACAACUGGCAAGCUAACGAUGAUGUCCAAAUUGAGAACGUGGAUUUCAUACCACUCGUAAAUGAGGUUGUAUCAAAAGGAAUACCUUCUCAGGUAACUGCGGAUAGAUCAUUUCUAUCAGAUGACAGUGAUCUUUGGACUAAAUUUACAUCAACGAGUGUGUUGUAUAUCAUCCAUGACAAAUUGAAGUGCAAACAUCCGAACAAUUUCUCCUUUAUCCAAGACCUCGGGACUCUAAAAUUUAAAUGUCUUCUAACGUUUGGUGAUCGUGUGUGGGCAUCAUCGUUGCAUUCGAGUAAAAGGAAGGCGAAGCACGAGACCUCUCUUGUGGCCGUUCGCGAUCUUGCGGCUGCAUAUCCCGACGUAUUGGAUGAUGUACGAAAUUGGUUUGAGCAGGAGUUCGGGUCUUGCGCCAGCAAGGUUAAAGAAGGUAUCCCCUCGAACCUGCAAUCUGAAGAGACACCGUUAAGCUUAAUCGAUGAUAAAUCAUCAUCACCGUCUACGCAUCUCUCUCCCCAAAUUUCUCUUCGACCGGUCGAUGAGCCAAAUGAUCCUCCAGAAGCAAGCGUGUCAAACGACAUGUUAAUUCCUGAACUCGACCCCAUGCAAGCUCAUGAUAUCCCCUCACUUUCUCCAUAUACUUUGCGAGAUCGAACCCGUUUUCAUCCAUAUGUCGAUGCCAGUCCUUCCGCACUAAAUGUUUUGAAGAAGGCCACAACUUUGUUAUAUGAAUGGUGCUCCAAAAGACACAUUCACGCACCAGAAUAUCUAUGUAAAAUUGAAUUGGGCGGAGGCUUCUCUUUCGAGCUUCGGAUCUCGGGUCAUGUAUUCUCCGGACCGGUACGCAGGAACAAGAAGGAAGCAAAGAACGCAGUCAGCACGGCAGCUCUUAAUCACUUCAAAACAAAAUGUACUACAAAAACAGACGGCAAGGGUACGAGUUUGGAAGACCCGCUUCAGAAGACUCGAGAAAUAAUAGUCAUACAUAUUAUUGGCAUGUGUGUGCUUCCGACGAAUCAGAAAAUUGGGCCUAGACCAUGA